GCCCCGCCCGGAGGCGGAGGCCCGCUUGCAGCGUCAUCUUGUUUUCCAGGAGAGUCCUGACGCGGUGGCUGUCAGCUCCAUUUUGCUGCCGGAGCUCGCAGCAGCCAGCUGCGUUUUCUCCGUGGUCGCGUCGCAAGCAUUGUCUCCUUAGGCUUGGACUCUUUUCCAGGACGAUGAGACACUCAAAGAGAACUUACUGUCCUGAUUGGGAUGAAAAAGAUUGGGAUUAUGGAAAAUGGAGGAGCAGCAGCGGCAGUCAUAAAAGGAGGAGGAGAUCACACAGCAGUGCCCGGGAGAACAAGCGCUGCAGAUUCAAUUACUCUAAGACAUCUGAUAGCUAUUAUCUGGAAAGCAGAUCCAUAAAUGGGAAGGAUUAUCAUAGUCGACGCUACAUUGAUGAAUACAGAAAUGACUACAGUCAAGGAUGUGAACCUGGACAUGGUCAUAGAGAUCAUGAAAGCAGAUAUCAGAACCAUAGUAGCAAGUCCUCUGGUAGAAGUGGAAGAAGUAGUUAUAAAAGCAAACACAGAAUUCACCACAGCACUUCAUAUCACCGUUCACAUGGGAAGAGUCACCGAAGGAAAAGAACCAGGAGUGUAGAGGAUGAUGAGGAGGGUCACCUGAUCUGUCAGAGUGGAGACGUACUAAGUGCAAGAUAUGAAAUUGUAGAUACUUUAGGUGAAGGAGCUUUUGGGAAAGUCAUGGAGUGCAUUGAUCAUAAAGCGGGAGGUAGACAUGUAGCAGUAAAAAUAGUUAAAAAUGUGGAUAGAUAUUGUGAAGCUGCUCGCUCAGAAAUACAAGUUCUGGAACACUUAAAUACAACAGACCCCAGCAGAACAUUCCGCUGUGUCCAGAUGUUGGAGUGGUUUGAGCAUCAUGGUCAUGUCUGCAUUGUGUUUGAACUACUAGGACUUAGUACUUAUGACUUUAUUAAGGAAAAUGGUUUUCUGCCCUUUCGACUGGAUCAUAUCAGGAAGAUGGCAUAUCAGAUAUGCAAGUCUGUGAAUUUUCUGCACAGUAAUAAGUUGACUCACACAGACUUAAAGCCUGAAAACAUCUUAUUUGUACAAUCUGACUACACAGAGGCAUAUAAUCCCAAAAUGAAACGUGAUGAACGUACUUUAAUAAAUCCAGAUGUUAAAGUUGUAGAUUUUGGAAGUGCAACAUAUGAUGAUGAACAUCACAGUACAUUGGUAUCUACAAGACACUAUAGGGCACCUGAAGUUAUUUUAGCCCUAGGAUGGUCCCAGCCAUGUGAUGUCUGGAGUAUAGGAUGUAUUCUUAUUGAAUAUUACCUUGGGUUUACAGUAUUUCCAACACAUGAUAGUAAGGAGCAUUUGGCAAUGAUGGAAAGGAUUCUUGGACCUUUGCCAAAACAUAUGAUACAGAAAACCAGGAAACGUAAAUAUUUCCAUCAUGAUCGAUUAGACUGGGAUGAACAUAGUUCUGCUGGCAGAUAUGUUUCAAGGCGCUGUAAACCUCUGAAGGAAUUUAUGCUUUCUCAAGAUGCUGAACAUGAGCUUCUCUUUGACCUCAUUCAGAAAAUGUUGGAGUAUGAUCCAGCUAAAAGGAUUACUCUUAAAGAAGCCUUAAAGCAUCCUUUCUUUUACCCCCUUAAAAAAAGUGCAUAAAUCUAUAAUUGUAUAGCUCCCUUAAGAGAUCAUAUGGACUGUAUCAGUCUAAUUUUUAAAUUUAAGUUAUUUUGUACAGCUUUUGUAAAUUUACAUUUUUGUAUUGCCAUGUUUAUUUUGUUUGGGUAACUCGAUUUAAGUAAAUAUUAGCUAAGUAAAGUAAUGAACAUCUUUUUCAGUAAUUACAAAAUGAUUUAUUCAGAAUAAAUUUUUGUACUUA